CUGUCUUAGUAUCUAGAACAAAUCAAAGUAGGAGCACGAUCUCAGAAAGUCUGUAAAACGUGUAUUACGUAAACUUCUAACCGCAAGCCGGCUGGCUGUUACUGAACUAAUACGCUCAUAACCGUCGCUCUUAUUUCUAAAUCAUUUAUUUAAACUGGAGAAAAGCGACAACAUAAGUUAGUUAACGAAAUACAUACAAACUAAUUAAUAGUACCGUCAUUAUCUGUCAGUUAUUAAUGUGCUCCUUGUUCAAUUACAAGCAGAUGAUUAUCCAUCACCUGGUCCUUUCAUCUGACGCUUGUUGCUUGUCUCCGCGUCUGCUCUGUGACCUAGUCUCGUCAACAACGCGUCGUCUGACAUCUAACAAAUGACAUUCACGUGUGACAUCAUUAACUAAUAGUGCUGCACAGAUGUCAUCACUCAAGCUCACCGUAUAAAGAACUUACCUAUUUGCUGUUCUAUACAUGUCAAAUGUGGAGUUUGUAUGAAUGAUUUUGUAGGUUCAAAACUAGGUAGGUGAAACUCAUGAUCUCUAGGACGUCUGUAACUAAGAGCCAGCCUCUUGGAAACUGCUUGUCUAAUCAAUUCAAUAGUUAAGUACUUGUGAGAAAAGCAUCUUAUGUGACAAAAAACGAUUUAUUUAGACACAAGGAAAAACCCCGACAAUUUCCUUUAAAAAAAUGUCGACGAAGACACAACACCUUUCUGGGCGGACCUGAACGAGCGACCCUAUUGGCAUAAGAUGCAUCUGUCAGUGUUAGACGAACAAUAAUAAAAUAUGUAAGAAGUGGGGACAGUAGCGUAGCAUCCCUGCCGGUGUGUUGGAAAGGCCGCGGUGUUGCGCAAGCGCGCGGCUGGCGGCGCGGGGCUCGCGACGCCCGCGCAGUGCCCACCAUGGACCCGAGGCGCGCGCUGGCCGCGCUGGCUGCCCUGGCGCUGCUGGCCCUCGCACACGCCAACACCGACGUCAUCCUAGACCUUACCGACGAGCAGUACUAUGAGAUGCCGCAGCUGUUCGCGCUGGACGAGUGGGCGGGCUGCCGGGCGGCGCGCGGCGUCUACUGCGUCGGGAGCUUCGAGCUGAGCCCCGAGCGGCAUCCGCACGCGCUGUUCGACGUCAUGCAGCGCUACUCGGCGAACUGGGUGGACAACUUCAACCACACGCGGCUGCACCGCGGGCUGUGCCUGCCGCGCUCGUGCGCGCCGCACGCGCCCGCCGCGCCGCGCCCGCAACACUACGCCACCUGGUUUUCAACAUGCGUGAACGCGUCUAUGUCAGCCGCGUACAACCUGUCGGCGCAGCUGACGCGGCUGGAGUACUGCGCAGGCGCGGGUGCUGGUGAUGACGUCACGCCGCUGACGAGCAACGAGCGCGCGUUCGCGUGGUUCGUGUCGGCGCUGCUCGCGCUCGCCGCGCUCUGCACCGCGCUCGACCUCACGCUCUCCGACCACGCCAAGAAAGGCGCGGAGUGGGCGCUGGCGUGGUCGGUCCCGGCGUGCUGGCGCGCGCUGCACGCGCCGCCGCCGCGCUCAGCGCGCACGGACCUGGCCUCCUUCGACGGCCUGCGCGUGCUCACCAUGCUGGUCGUCAUCAUCGAGCACGUCUGCUGGAUCACCACGCACACAUACCUCACCGACACCAGAAUUUAUGAAGAGAUCCGCAGCGGUAUAGACGUGGUGCUGAUGACCAACAGCACACUGGUGGUGCAGAUCUUCUUCAUCAUGUCGUCGUUCCUGCUGGCGCACAAGCUGCUGCAGCAGCGCCGGCGCGGGGAGAACGUGCCGCCUGUCGCUACCUUCGUGAGCACCAUGAUCAACAGGAUCAUCAGGCUGAGCCCAUCGUACUGGGUGGUGGUGUGGUUCGCGGCAUCGUGGUGGGAGCGUAUGGGGCGCGGCCCCAUGUGGGCGCCACUAGUGGCCAGCGAGGCCGCCGUGUGCCGCCGCAAGUGGUGGACGCACCUGCUCUACCUCAAUAACAUAUUGUACGCAGAUGACAAGUGCCUCAUACAGACCUGGUACCUGGCGGCGGACCUGCAGCUGUACGCGCUGUGCCUGCUGCUGACGCUGCUGCUGUGGCGCUGGCGGCGCGCGGCGCUGCUGGUGCUGGGCGGGCUGCUGCUGGCCGCGCUCGCGCUGCUCUUCACGCUGGCAUACUCCUGGCAUCUCGUGCCCACCUUAGUGAUGCACAGCCCCGAGUCGGUGCGCGUGUCGUACAACGGCGACAUGUCGUUCAACCUGCUGUACCAGUCGCCGCUGGGCAACCUGCCGGGCGCGCUGGCCGGCCUGCUGCUGGCGCACCUGCACCACGCGCUGCUCGACAACGACGUGCAGCUGCCCAGAUAUAAGGUGUUCAGCUGCGUGUCGGUGUGGUCGGUGCUGCUGGCGGCGGGCUGGGUGUGCGUGUCCCCGCGCGCGCUGGGCCGCGGCCCCCCCUCGCGCUUGCCCGCCGCCGCGCUGGCCGCGCUCGAGCGCCCCGUCUUCUCGCUCUUCACCUGCAUCGCGCUGCUCGGCGCUAUCAAUGGAGUACCAUCGUGGGUGCGUCGCUGCCUGUCGUGGCGCGGCUGGUCGUGCUGGGCGCGGCUGUCGUUCGGCGCGCUGCUGCUGCACAUGCCCAUCAACAAGUCGCUGGUGGCCGCGCGCCUCAUGACCUCGCAGCUCGACCGCCAGACCGCGAUAGCGGAGUGGUUCGGCGUGGCGGCGGUGUCGUACCUGGCGGCGCUCCCGCUGGCGCUGCUGGUGGAGCUGCCGGCGCAGCGGCUGACGCGCGCGCUGUGGGGCGGGGGUGAUACCAAGAUCAGGAAUCUGUUAGACUAG